UUAUGCUUAACCGAUGCUAGCCGAUGUCAGCUGUAGUCAUGCACGAUGUCAGCCGAUUUCUGAUUAUUUAAUAGAAGAGUAGUUCCGAAGCUUUCGAGUUUCUCUUUCUUAUUUUUCGCUACGUAAAAUCACAUCAAUUACAAAAAUGGUGGAAAUCGAGUCGAUGACGAGAUAUGUCUCACCGGUGAACCCAGCUGUCUUUCCACUACUAGCCGUGGUGCUGUUGGGAAUUGGAGUAUUCUUUACAGCUUGGUUCUUCGUAUACGAAGUCACCAGUACCAAAUUCACGCGAGACAUCUUCAAGGAAGCGCUAAUUUCUUUGGUCGCAGCAUUAUUCUCCAGUUUUGGAGUAUUAUUUUUGCUGCUUUGGGUCGGAAUAUAUGUAUAGAUAACAUUGAGCUGUUAAAAUUUUUCAACAAAAUAUUCAUAAUUUUAAAAAAAAAAAUUAUAUAUAUAUAUAUA